AUGAAAUUAGGUUUUGUCGAAGGCACAACUUCGGCACCUAGUAAGGGUUCUGAGAACUAUGAACAGUGGAAAAGAUGUGACUUCAUGGUCACAUCUUGGAUCCUUAACUCCAUCUCUAAGGAGUUGGUUGAUGGCUUCAUAUACACUGCCUCUGCCAGAGAUCUCUGGUUAGAGAUCUGUGAGAGAUUCGGAGAGUGCAACGGACCUAUGAUCUAUGAGUUUCACAGAAAGAUCUCUCUUAUAUCUCAGGAAAAUGCAUUUGUGUCUGUCUACUUCACUAAGUUGAAGAGGUUAUGGGAUGAACUUGGGUCAGUAGAAACGCUCCCAACCUGUACCUGUGGAGCAUCUAGGGCUAUAGCUGACAUAGCCAAUAGAAAUAAGCUCAUGCAAUUCUUAAUGGGUCUGAACGAAGUCUUUGGGUCUGUAAGGGACCAAGUGUUAGGGAUGGAUCCUCUACCAACAGUAAACAAAGCUUACUCUAUGGUAGUGAAGUUUGAGUCUCAAAGGGAAAUCUUAGGAGCAAUGAAUGACAACACUGAAUCCCUUACCUUACUAAACAAAACUCAAUCUGAAAACCUGAAUAGACCAAGAAGGUCUGAAAAUAAGAAGGGACAUUGCACCUUCUGUAACAUGAAUGGUCACACCCGGGAAGGGUGUUUCAAGUUGAUUGGGUACUCUGAUUCGUUCAAGGGUAAGAGCAAGGCUGGGACACAACCGGUCAAAGGUUUUAGAAGCACCAAAAUUAUGGCUGCUAUUGAUGGAAAUAAGCUAGAAGAGGACAGUCCUCUGGAAUAUCUGGAUACAUCAAAUAGAAUACUUGAAUUGUCUUUUAUGUUGAGUUCCCUGAAACAAGAAGUCUCCCAACUUGCAAAGGGGAAAGGAGUUCUUGGCCCAAGCACAUCUCAUGGACCAGAACCACACUUCAUGGACUUUGCAGGUAAAUAUACUAUCUAUGAGGCAUGUAAUGCACAAGUGCACAAUAAUGUUAGUUGGAUCUUAGACACUGGUGCCACAAACUACAUGUGUUCAGAUAAUACUCUCUUCACUACUCUACAUUCAUCACACAAGCACAUAUCUAUUUGCUUUCCAGAUGGAAAAACAACUCAGGGUUCUCAAUCUGGAAAGGUAAAUCUUUUUGGGAAAUUGUUUCUAGAUGAUGUCUUAUAUGUGCCUCACUUUCAGUAUAAUCUGAUCUCUGUUAGUCAACUAAUAAAUAGCUAUGGCUACUGUAUAAUGAUAUGUCAUCAUUACUACCUCAUACAGGACCCACUGAAUAAGAAGGUGGUGGCCAUAGGCAAGAAAUAA